AUGGUUGUCUUGUCAGACUAUGGUUGCGCCAAUUCAGUGUUUCCCAACGCGCCAUCGGACUGCGCAGUCUCUAGAGGAACUUUGUUCAAUGCGAAUCAAUCCUCUAGCUGGCACGAAUUGGGUCUUUUCGGUAUCAACCAGAAUGGGGUCGGUCUCGAGGCCAACCUUGGGUAUUAUCAGAGAGCAGAGUUUGCUCUAGAUACCCUAAGUGUUGGUCUCACUGGCCCGACACUCAAGAAUCAGACUGUCGCCGGGAUCGCAACCCCUGAGCCCUUUUAUCUUGGAAUAUUCGGCCUUAACUCGCAGCCUGUCAAUUUUACCUCUUUGGGAAAUUUCUCUUCGCCGUCGUUCAUCACGACCCUGAAAAAUGAGGGCACCAUUCCGAGUCUCAGCUGGAGCUACACGGCCGGUGCCAAGUACCGUUUAAAACAAGUCUAUGGCCAGCUCAUAUUCUCUGGAUAUGAUGCAUCACGGUUCACUGCCAAUUCAGUAUCAUUUACCGUGGCUGACGAUAUCACCCGUGACCUGGUUGUUUAUCUUCAGUCCAUUAGCUACAGCGGAUCAAGUUCAGCCACAUUACUAUCCGAACCAAUCUUGAUUUUCAUCGACUCGACUGACCCCAACCUGUGGCUACCAGGCAGUGUCUGUGAUGCCUUCGAACAGGCUUUUGGGCUCGUGCUUGACAGCGAGAGUGGGCUAUACUUGGUCAACGACACUCACAACACUGAGUUGCUCAAUUCAAAUGCGCAGGUGACAUUUCGACUUUCCGAUGUGGCCUCCGGCGGAGAGACUGUGUCGAUCACACUUCCGUAUGAUGCUUUCGCCUUGACUGCACAAGCUCCGCUAGUCGACAAUAGCAGCUAUUAUUUCCCGUUGAAACGUGCAGCUAACUCCACCCAAUAUACUUUGGGUCGAGCUUUCUUGCAAGAAGCGUAUCUCUCGGCCGAUUACGAGCGAGGCGUCUUUAAUGUAUCUGCAUGCGCCUGGGAUGAAAAUGCCCAAGAAAACAUCGUCACGAUUACUUCCAAAGAUUCCGAUUCAUCGGCUUGCUCAGGAAACGGAUGUUCAUCCGGUGGUUCUAGUUCGAACGACUCUUCCCCACUUAGUCAAGGCGCCGUAGCUGGCAUCGCGAUUGCGGCCUUGGUCGGAGUCGCAAUUCUCGCAGCAGUCCUUUUCUUUUUUAUCCGCCGUCAACGCCAAAAAGCAGCAUACAAAGCGACUCCGCCAGAGCCAGACGUCUCUGUUCUCUCCGGCCCAGUACACAACGCCCUCCUCCCGACCCGUCGGACAGUUCCGCUCCGCAUUCAAGAUUCUGGUCUCCUGACGCCAUCUUGA